CUAGCCUCCACCUACCCUAAGGCUAGAAUGCUGUAACAUCUGAAACCUGUAGAAGAGGCUUCCCCACCUUGCUAUAACCCACCCACCUGACUUUCUCAUCAAUGUAACUGAUAGGUGGAAGUCCAUGUAACUGUCUGAGCAACUGUCAUUUGACUGAACCUUAUAAGCCACUCUUCAUUUUUACUCAGCGAAGGUGGUCCUAGAUGACCAUCUUGCCUCCUGGGAUUCUGCAGCAGCUUAUUGGCUAGACAGCCUCCAUUGUGAGGUAACUCUGUUUUUCUUCCUAGCCAGAGAGCUAUGCACUGAGUCUGGGUCCACAUCCAGGCACCAGAACCUCCAGUCAAAUGGUACCUUCUUCCUCCUUGUCACCUUGUUCACUUUGCCCGACAGCCGGGAGGGCUAAACUGGGAGAGGCCAAAAGCCCAGGCAAGAUUCCUGGCAGGUAUCCAAGCAACUGCAAGAGGACUGAGCCUCAUCCCGAGAUGGAGCUCUUAUAAAUCUCCCCAGAGCCAGGUGGGCCUUCUCCGCCAACUGCUUCCCUGACUCACACGCUCAGUCUUCAGCCAGGGCCAGGCUCCCUCGGGAAUUGGGAGCCAGCAUCUCAGGUCUGUAGCUAUGGCUUCUCCAGAGAAAAACCCAUCAGAGGCCUAUUCAAGACUGUUCUAGGACUAGACUCCCUGAGGCUCUGCCACCUAGCCACCAUGUUGAAGAAGUCACUGCUUGGAAAGGACUACAACAAUGAGCUGAACUUGGACAAUGGGUCUAAGUCCCCCUCGAAGAGCAGCAGCAGCAGCAGCAACAGCAGCAGCUCAACCCCAGAAAAUGCCCCUCCUGCUGAGGAAGACAACGCUCUCUCGCUGUUGCAAACCUUGGUCCACCUGUUGAAAUGCAACGUUGGCACUGGGCUUCUGGGGCUUCCCCUGGCCAUAAAAAAUGCCGGCUUACUGGUUGGGCCCAUCAGCCUGCUGGCCAUCGGGAUCCUCACAGUGCACUGCAUGGUCAUCUUGCUGAACUGCGCUCACCACCUCUCUCAGAGAUUGCAGACGACUUUUGUGAACUAUGGGGAGGCCACAAUGUACAGCCUGGAAACCUGCCCCAGCCCCUGGUUGAGGUCCCAUUCCGUGUGGGGAAGGUACACUGUCAGCUUCUUAUUGAUCAUCACCCAGCUGGGCUUCUGCAGUGUUUAUUUUAUGUUUAUGGCAGACAAUUUACAACAGAUAGUAGAAGAAGUCCAUGUCACCUCCAACACCUGCCAGCCCAGGAAGUUCCUGGUGCUGACCCCCAUCCUGGACAUUCGUAUCUACAUGCUGACAAUCCUGCCCUUCCUGAUCAUGUUGGUGUUUAUCCGGAACCUCAAGGUGCUGUCUGUCUUCUCAACAAUGGCCAACAUCACCACCCUGGGGAGCAUGAUCCUGAUCUUUGAGUAUAUCAUCCAGGACAUUCCAGAUCCAAGCAACCUGCCCCUGAUGGCAAACUGGAAGACCUUCUUGCUGUUCUUUGGUACUGCCAUCUUCACAUUUGAAGGCGUUGGUAUGGUUCUGCCUCUCAAAAACCAGAUGAAGAAUCCACAGCAUUUCCCCCUUGUUCUGUACGUGGGGAUGUCCCUUGUCAUCUUUCUCUAUUCCUGCCUGGGAAUCCUGGGCUACAUGAAGUUUGGGUCAGACACCCAGGCCAGCAUCACCCUCAACUUGCCCAACUGCUGGUUGUACCAGUCGGUCAAGCUGAUGUACUCCGUGGGCAUCUUCUUCACCUACGCCCUCCAGUUCCACGUCCCAGCUGAGAUCAUCAUCCCGUUUGCCGUCUCUCAGGUGCCAGAGAACUGGGCACUGUUUGUAGACCUGUCUGUCCGCACAGCCUUGGUCUGUCUCACCUGUGUCUCAGCCAUCCUCAUCCCCCGCUUGGACCUGGUCAUCUCCCUAGUGGGCUCUGUGUGCAGCAGUGCCCUGGCCCUCAUCAUCCCACCCCUCCUGGAGAUCAUCACCUUUUACUCUGAGGACAUAAGUUGUGCCACCAUUGCAAAGGACAUCAUGAUCAGCAUCCUGGGCUUUUUGGGGUGUAUUUUUGGAACAUACCAAGCCUUCUAUGAGUUGACCCAACCCAUUAACCAUUCCAUGGCCAACUCUACAGGUGUCUAUAUGCAUCAUUUUUUAUUUUUAUUCUAAUAGCUUCCCCUUCCUCCUACCCCCAUUUUGAUUUCCAUGCAGAUGUUAUAUAUAUUCAUCAAACCCCAACAUCUCUA